UCAAAAUUCAAUGGGGAAGGAUGAGUGGUCAGAAAUUGGUGUGGAAGGGCAGAAAUUGAAGGGGAUGGGAGAGAGACGGUCAGAAUUCCACGGGAAAGGGAUGAGAGGGCGGAAAUUAGCAGAGAGAGAAGGGGGUGCAAACGACGGGGAAGGAAGGAAGCUUGUCGAAAACGACAGGGGUUGCCAUCUGUUUGAGGUGGCAGGGGUUGCCACUUGCUGAGUAAGGUUUGAGUUUUUAUUUUAUUGAGUUAUUUUUUAUUUUUUUAAUUUUUUUUUUGGACUAAUCAUGAUUGAUACGUGUCUAAUAGCUUGCUUUAUAAAAUUCGAUGAUCGGUAGGGUGCGGAUUGAGUAUAAAGUUGGGAUUAAUAAAAAAUAAACGAAAGUGGAGUAUUUUUGACAAACGGAGUAAAGUUGAGAUUAAUUUGAGCAAUUUUUCUAUUAUUGAUUAUUGAUGAUAAUACUAACAAGAUAUUUAAAAAUAAAAUUAAAUUAAAAUUAAAAAAAUCAAAACCAGAAGAAAAAGAAGAUAAACUGUCCAAACCCAGCCAACGUGCAAGAACAACCAUGAAAAUUAAACCUCAAUAACUUAUUAACCUCUUCUACUACUUCAUCUCAAUUUCAAAAAAUCAUGUCAAAAACACCAUUUUUACAAUACUAAUCAUCUCUUCUAUGAGCUUGUAUUCAAUCAAUGGGAACUUUUACUAGUUGCGGCAGUCUUAUUACUCUUAAUUUCAGAACCACCAUUAAUGGGGUUCCUUCAUUUUCUUCCAACAUACACAGAAAACCUCAAAAUUUCAAUGGUAAUUUUGGGUUAAAGUUUGAUAAUAAUAACUGUUAUUUGUGCCAAAAGGGGUUAAAGAGAAAUUUGUUAAAUACCCAGAAAAAUAGGGGCUUGUUUGAUCGAUUAAUGUGUUAUAGUAGAGGUAGUGAAGAAGAUGGUGAUGGCGGAAAUUCGGCAAAUGAAUCAAAUUUGGCGACUAAAGAGAAAGAGAGAGUGGUGGAAGAUAAAGAGGAGGGUGUUGCUGAGUUAAGGUCGGAAAAUAAGUCCACUUCAUUUUCUUCUUCGGAGCCACCACCAAUUUCUCCUGUAGGAACACCAUACAACAAUUUUCAAGUCGACUCUUUUAAGUUAAUGGAACUUUUAGGACCGGAAAAGGUUGAUCCAGCUGAUGUGAAGCUGAUAAAGGAAAAGUUAUUUGGUUAUUCUACCUUUUGGGUGACAAAAGAAGAGCCAUUUGGUGAUCUUGGUGAAGGAAUUCUUUUCCUUGGGAACUUGAGGGGGAAAAGGGAGGAUGUGUUUGAGAAGCUUCAAAAACAGCUCGCAGAACUCAUGGGUGACAAGUACAAUCUUUUUAUGGUGGAGGAACCUAAUGCAGAGGGUCCUGAUCCUCGUGGUGGACCUCGUGUUAGUUUUGGUAUGCUACGAAAAGAGGUCUCUGAAACUGGGCCUACGACACUUUGGCAGUAUGUAAUUGCUCUACUUUUGUUCCUUCUCACCAUUGGUUCCUCAGUUGAGCUAGGCAUUGCAUCUCAGAUAAAUCGUCUUCCUCCAGAGGUAGUGAAGUACUUCACAGAUCCUGAUGCAAUUGAGCCUCCAGACAUGCAGUUGCUACUUCCAUUUGUGGAUGCUGCUUUGCCUCUAGCUUAUGGUGUCUUGGGAGUUCAGCUGUUUCAUGAAAUUGGGCAUUAUCUGGCAGCUUUUCCAAAAAAUGUGAAGCUUAGCAUUCCUUAUUUUAUUCCCAACAUAACUCUUGGUAGCUUUGGUGCAAUCACACAGUUCAAAUCUAUCCUUCCAGAUAGAAGGACUCAAGUUGAUAUUUCACUGGCUGGCCCCUUUGCUGGUGCUGCAUUAUCUUUGUCCAUGUUUGCUGUUGGCUUGCUGUUGUCUUUGAAUCCUGAUGUCUCCGGGGUUUUUGUACAAGUGCCUAGUACCCUAUUUCAAGGUUCUCUGCUUCUUGGACUUAUAAGUCGAGCCACUCUUGGUUAUACAGCAAUGCAUGCUGCCUCAGUUUCAAUCCAUCCGCUUAUGAUUGCUGGCUGGUGUGGAUUGACUAGCACUGCUUUUAACUUGCUUCCAGUUGGGUGCCUUGAUGGUGGGAGAGCAGUGCAGGGUGCUUUUGGAAAGAAUGCACUCAUUGCUUUUGGGUUGACAACUUACGCAUUGCUUGGGCUAGGAGUGCUAGGGGGGCCUUUAUCACUUCCAUGGGGGCUAUACGUGCUAAUAUGUCAGAGAACUCCGGAGAAACCAUGUUUAAAUGAUGUGACGGAGGUGGGGAGUUGGAGGAAAGCUGUGGUAGUAGCAGCUACUUUCCUGGUUGUAUUGACACUGCUUCCUGUUUGGGAUGAGCUAGCUGAGGAGUUGGGUGUAGGUCUUGUGACCACGCUCUGAUUAUCUGUUUGCGACAAACUGCAUUCUUAAGAACAACUGAAAAUGAAAAAUCAUCUGCUUUUUGAUUUGGAGUGUGCAUAUGUUAGCUAACACAGAGACUUUGUUCGUACAUGUACGUUAUUAAAGAAUAAAUGUCCAAGAAUUAUACAAUAGAUGUCAAUAUUUGGGAUUAGAGAUGUACAAAAAUUUUGUAAUUUUGAUUUAUAUACUCAAGUA